AUGUAUAACCGCAGACCCUUGCUCCUGUUGUCCCUUCAAAGGCGACCAUUUACCAGACCCUCUUUUCGGAAACCCUCUUAUAUAACUUAUUGCUUCCUAUCGACAACCACACCACGACCUCCGCCCACCAUGACCUCCAAAAACCCCCGCCAACCCCUCAAACUCCUCAUGCUGCACGGCUACACCCAAUCCGGCACCCUUUUCCACGCCAAAUCCCGCGCCCUAAUCAAGCACAUCACAAAAGCCUUCCCUCUCCACGAAGUCGCUGCCAUUUACCCAACAGGUCCCAUCCAUCUCGACCCCGCCGACAUCCCCGGCUACGAGCCCUCCUCCCAGUCCCCAGAAACGGAAGAGAAGAUUGAAGCGUACGGGUGGUGGAGACGGUCGAACACUGCGAAUCCGCCGCUAUAUCUUGGUAUUGAGGAAGGGCUAGCCGCUGUUGCGAAGGUGUUGAAGGAGGAGGGACCGUUUGAUGGGGUGAUCGGGUUUUCGCAGGGUGCUGCGCUAGCGGCGAUGGUUGCGGGGUUAUUGGAGAGUGGGAGGAAGGGAGCUUUUGAGAAGUAUGCGGAUGCGAGGGCUGCGUGUGAGGGGGUUGAUUUGAGUGAUUCGACGGAGAAGGAUGUUGCUUCGAUUGCGUUUCCGAAGUCGUUUGAGGAGGUGCAGCAUCCGCCGUUGAAGUUUGCGCUGUGUUAUAGUGGGUUCCGGGCGCCUGGACCGAGAUAUCGCGCGUUUUAUGAGAGUCCGGCGAUUCAAACGCCUAUGUUGCAUGUGUUGGGGUCGUUGGAUGCGGUUGUUGAUGAUAGCCGGAGUCGAGCGUUGAUCGAGGCUUGUGCGGGGGAUCCGGAGAAGGAGGGGAAGAUUGUUUGGCAUCCGGGUGGGCAUUUCUUGCCGAGCCAGAGACCCUUUUUGGAUGCUGCUGUGAGGUUUAUUCAGGAAAGAUUGGAAAACAAGGAUGACAAGGGUAAGGAGGAAGAUGAGGAUGUGAACAACAUGGAUCUGCCAUUCUGA